UUAUGAUAAAUUAUUUAAAAUUAUAAAAUUAUAAAAUUGAUGUAGGCAUCUAGUGGUGGCUGAUGGGUACCAAACUUCCUUCUACAUUUCACUUUUUUAAUAAAUUGAAACCUGUGAACCAACUUCAAACAGUUUACAAUUUUACUUAAUCUAAACCUAACCCAACCAACCUCAAUUCACAACCCGAAAUAAAAAAUAUAACCGGCACAAUGUUUAUCAAGCAACCAUAAUGUAUCCGCCUAAAGACCCUCCACACUUAACGUCUAACUCAAACAUGUAACACUCCUCAGUUAAAAGAUAUUUCAUCACAAACAUGCAUCCAAAGGCCCAAAAGAAAAAACCGAAAAGAAAUGUAAAAAUCGUCGACACAAGUAAGGAAGAAGAAAGACUUAGAAGAAUCGCAUUGAUCGUAGCGAAACGUCAAAGAGUCAUAGACGCUGUCAACCUGUCUCUGAUGAGGAGAAGACGAGAAAAAAUGGAAAUACAGAACGCGCGUCUUGAGAAGGAAGAAAGAUUGCGUCAGAAAGCAGCUAGGGAUGCCGAGAAAACGGGUAGCGACAAAGAGAUGUUACAGAUUCGCGAAGAACUGAACAAAGUUAUCGAAACUGGCAUAAAGUGCGUGUACACUUCAGUGAUUAUACCGGAAAAGAUAAAGUAUGACGGCAAGUCGACGCUGACGAUCAAAGACGUUAAAUACAGGCUGAGGAACAAUUUGCACUUGGUCGGCUGGGGUAAGGAAGCAAUAACGAUGAGCGCAGCCCUCGAACGUAUCGUCCGUAAACAGCUGAAGAAGGGAUGGAUGGUGGUGCCUCGGAAAUCAAUUUUUAUGAUGUGGAGUUAUCCGGAAGCGUUCCCCAGACUGGACAGUCGUAUCUCGUAUGUGGAGGCUGGCACUGACGGCGAUCCUGACGAAAAAACUGUGGAUGCGACCAGAAAAAUUAUGAAUUACGUUAAAAAAUUGAAGAAGAGAGAUAUUUUGAUUGUUAUGCUGUCGCAAGGAACUGAUGAUCUUCUAUGCUGUCCGAGGGAUACGAUCUCCCUGAGGGAUAAACUUAGGGUGAUAAAUAGGUUGAAGGACGCUAACGCAACUCCUGAAGAAAUAAAUAUUGUGAGAAACAAAUUGUCUGCAAUUAGAGGAGGAGAUUUAGCAAGGUUCGCUUAUCCAGCCAGAGUGAUCACCCUAAUCACCUCAGACGUCUCCUCAAAGCCAAUGACUGAAAUAUCAGGCGGACCCUGCAUCUACGACCCGAAAGACGACGCGGCCCUGGGCAUUAUCGCCAAAUACAGACUCUUGAAUAGACUGCCGUUGUCCGUAAGAGAGUUAGUAGAGGAAACCGUUCCGUGGACCAUGGCUGCCGACAGACAAUUGGACGAAAAUAAAAAAUAUAAAUUCGUGCACGAGUACGUGAUAGCUUGCAACGCUGACGCCAUGCAGUGCAUGGCUUCGGAAGUCUUCAGAGCCGGCUUGUUUCCUGUGAAACUGAAUUCCACUUGUUACGGGGACAUCCAGGAGUUUGCCAAGGAAUACGUUAAAAUUGCGUCCUUGAUGAUAUUAGCUGUGGAAGGUAAAAUCGACAAGUUGGAUCUGUUCGAGGCGAUGAAAGGAAGUCCUGUUUGCCCUUUGACCGAUAAGAAGGUGCAGGAAAUAUUUCCUGCGAAGGACCAGUGGGGUUUGGGACUGUGCCUUCUGUUGGGAGGACGUCCGACUGUUAAUCUUUGUCCUACGCCCGGAAAUGGAGGACCUAAUCAGGAACUUGCUCUUUAUUUCUCGUUAUUUUGGAACGUACGUACACAGCAGCAGCCGAUAUUGAGGGAGUACACGGUUUGGUUCUCGGGGGGUAGUUCUUAUGGCAGGGAUGGCAACACUGACAUGGUUGGCGCGUUUGGAUAUAAAAGUUUGGGGACCGAUAUUUAUGUGACGUACGAGAAGGCGAAUGAUGCGUAUAUCGCUGCGAGAGAUAAAUGGCGGAAAAUUUGUGACGAAAAUCGCAGCAGGACGGAACAGACGGCAGCAGAAAUAGAAAUGAAAAACCUGAAACUUAUAAGAGACAAACACGCCGCUAUUUUCCCACACAAAGUUCUUGCUAAAAACAACACACAUUUGUUGUUUUUAUCCGUGAAUGAUCAGGACGAGUUACUGGAAUUAAAGAGCGGAAAUUAUUAUACAUUCACGAACGUCGGAGAUCUGCAUGUUAUACGGAUCGUUCGCUUCCAAUGCAACUGUGAUAGUACUUGCCAUGGACAAGAAGACAAAAUAUGUAGCGACGUGGAGUGUCCUAUCAAGCAGACGUUAUCGGCUGAAACGAAAUCGAAAAUGCAAUAUUGUUGUCAGUUGGGUGCAGAGAAAAUUGAUAUUAAUAUUUAAUAUACAUAAUAUUGUAUAUUAGAUACAGAUAAUAUAGAACAAAAAGAAAGAAUACUGUACUGUGCAAACCUAUUUUUAAGAAGGUACUGUCACUGCUAUCUGAUAAUAAAAUUGUAAAUUGUG